UCCUACGUCUCCUCAGCCCGGCCUCCACGCACGCAGCACCUUUGCUAGCUCCAUCUAUCUCCAUCCACCAUUGCAUCUCUCUCUCCUCCUCUUUCACUUACCUUAGCAAGCUCUUCAAUUCCCUGAUCUUCUUCCUCGAUCAUCUACAGUUUGUAUCUCUCAGUUUGUUGAUUAUUUGUUGCCUCCGAUCGAUAUUCACGGCCACCAUAGAUAGAUUGUGAGCUCGCUCGUCGAUCUAUCUCUGCUAUCUAGCUAGCUCUCUCUCAUCAGGGUUUCUUUUUAGCACUUCCAUCAAUCCCGUUCUGCAUUUAGUUUGAUCUCACGUCAACCCCGUUCGUCCCCGUUCCCGUUCCCGAUCGAUCUGCACACGGCAGCUAGCCGGCCCUCCCUCCCAGCCUCCCUUCUCUCCUCCCUGCUCCUCUCUCUGUGCUACUACUAGCUUAGGCUAGGCGAGGAGAGGAAGGGAAGAGGAACAAGGGACGGAGCUUGUAUGCAUGCAGAUCGAUGAACUCUUGCCUGCUAUAGCAAGAUAGUAGUGACCUAGAGAGAGAAAGGAGGGAGAGAGAAUACACGCACAUAGAGCAACCAAAAGACAGGGAGAAGGAAGAUCAGAAAAGGUUCUUCAUUUCUGUCUCCUGGCUCUAUGUACUAUAUAUAGCAGCAGCUAGCAAGCAAGAUCUUCUGCAUUUGUACAAGAUCGAUCAAUUAAUAGAGAUCCCAGCCAGUUGAUCAAGAUGGGUAUGAGCAGCACACAAGCACAGACGCAGCAGCUAGUUCCUCCAGGUUUUCGGUUCCACCCGACCGACGAAGAGCUCGUGGAUUACUACCUCAGGAAGAAGGUGGCCUCGAGAAGGAUCGACCUCAACGUCAUCAAAGAUGUAGAUCUUUACAAGAUAGAGCCAUGGGAUCUCCAAGAGAAGUGCAGGUUAGGAGGACCUGGCGAGGAGGAGCAGAAUGAGUGGUACUUCUUCAGCCACAAGGACAAGAAAUACCCGACUGGCACCCGGACCAACCGGGCCACCGCGGCCGGGUUUUGGAAGGCCACUGGCAGGGACAAGCCGAUCUACGCCAACAAGCAGCGGCAGCUGGUGGGCAUGAGGAAGACCCUAGUGUACUACAAGGGCAGGGCUCCCAACGGCCACAAGUCCGACUGGAUCAUGCACGAGUACCGCCUUGAAACCAAUGAGAAUGGCCCUCCGCAGGAAGAAGGAUGGGUAGUAUGUAGGGUGUUCAAAAAGAGACUACCAACAACUAGAAGAGAAUCUGACCAUGAUGCACCAUGCUGGUAUCUUGAUGAAGAUGGACCCUUCAUGCAUGACCUUAACUCUCCCAUGAGCAGAAUGCCACCACAUCACGCCAUGUCACAGCUGCAAGAACAGCACCUCCAAAUGCUGAACAAUACCUACAAGAGGGAACUGAAGCUACAAUUCCAAAUGCCAAGCCAUCAUGUUCUCAACACCAUUCCUCACGAGCUAGAGAGUCCUUCUUUCCAUUCUCUGUUGGUCUCACCAGAUCAUCAAUCAAAUUCGCACCAUGCUCACCAGCAUGUUCAGCUCAUGGAUGAUGCAGUAGACCAAGUCACCGAUUGGAGAGUUCUAGACAAGUUUGUUGCAUCUCAACUUAGUCAUGAUGCAACAAAGGGUGUAGAUUAUACUGACGAAGGAGAUAUUAUUCAGGUCAAUGAGAAGCAAGAGGUGGCUACUGACUAUGCGUCAACGUCAACAUCCAGCAGCCAAGUUGAUCCAUGGAAGUGAUGAUGCAAAUUAAUCAAACAUAAUACCUCAUAUAUAUAGAAAUAUCAUCUUAAGAGCUACAGUAAUGAUGAUUAUCAUAUCGGAUCGAUUGGACAGCUAAGUAAUUUGAUCUCCGGAAUGACAUGUAAAUAAGACUAUAUAUAUUGAGAUGAGUGUACUACUUAUUAUUUCCUUC